GCUACCCAGCUGCCCGGAGUAGCGGAUGCCGAGGACCCCGCCAGCGUUCCAAGCCUCUCCACGCUUCUCGCCGACCCCUCGGGCCCCCGCAGCCCGGGAAGAAGGCCACUCCGGGCCCAGCACCCGCUCUGCAAGGCGGACCUGCAACCCGGAAAGGCGGCGCGGAGUCGGAUUCUGCUCGGACCGGGCCCCGGCGGGCCGGCGCCGCGGGGAUGUCUGAGGCGCGGAAGGGGCCGGACGAGACUGAUGAGAGCCAGUAUGACUCGGGCAUCGAGUCUCUGCGCUCUCUGCGCUCUCUGCGCUCUCUGCCCGAGCCCACCCCGGCCCCAGCCUCUGGGCCCUCAGACGGAGGGGGCCCCCAGCCCUGGACUCAUCCUCCGGGAACCGCCAAGGAGCCAGAGGAGAAGGAAGAUACAGAUGGGGAGCGGGCUGACUCUACCUAUGGCUCCUCAUCGCUCACUGAGCCCCUGUCCUUGUUGGGGGACCCCAAGACCGAGGACCCAGCCCCAGACUCGCGGCUUCCCGCCGCGGGGGCGCUGAGCCCUCAGCAGCUGGAAGCACUCACUUACAUCUCCGAGGACGGAGACACGCUGAUCCACCUGGCGGUGAUUCAUGAGGCCCCGGCUGUGCUGCUCUAUUGCCUGGCUUUGCUGCCUCAGGAGGUCCUGGACAUUCAGAACAACCUUUACCAGACAGCACUCCAUCUGGCCGUACAUCUGGACCAGCCAGGUGCAGUUCGGGCCCUGGUGCUGAAGGGGGCCAGCCGGGUGCUACAGGACCGACACGGCGACACGGCCCUGCAUGUGGCCUGCCAGCGCCAGCACCUGGCCUGUGCCCGCUGCCUGCUGGAAGGGCAGCCAGAGCUAGGCAGAGGACCGCCUCACUCCCUGGACCUCCAGCUGCAAAACUGGCAAGGUCUGGCCUGUCUCCACAUCGCCACCCUGCAGAGGAACUGGCCACUUAUGGAACUGCUGCUGCAGAACGGAGCUGACAUCAACGCACAGGAGGGCACGAGCGGGAAGACAGCGCUGCAUCUGGCCGUGGAGACCCACGAGCGGGGUCUGGUGCAGUUCCUUCUCCAGGCUGGGGCCCGGGUGGACGCCCGCAUGCUCAACGGGUGCACACCCCUGCACCUCGCCGCGGGCCGGGGCCUCAGAAGCAUCUCAUCCACCCUGUGCGAGGCAGGUGCCGACUCCCUGCUGAGAAACGUGGAGGACGAGACUCCCCAGGACCUGGCUGAGGAUCCCUUUGCCCUUUUGCCCUUUGAUGACCUGAAGAUCUCCGGGAAGCCACUGCUGUGUGCUGACUGAAGCCGGGACAGGCUCUAGGGCCCCGGACGCUCCUCCCCUUCCCAUCUGAAAGCUGGAGCCACAGCUGCUACAGUCUGGGCCCAGGCCAUGUGCCCUGGGGACUGCUGAGGCCAGAGCCUGGGGCCAGCACAGUCCCGAGCUGAGAGGAGGGACCGCAAAUAAGAGAGCCAGUCUGGAAGGAAGAGCUUCCAGGUGGAUGGAAGGACCCCGAAAGCCCCAGGCAACCUGGGCGAAGCCUGUUUACCUCUGUUGAAGAUGGCGGGGCUCUUGCCUCUACCCACGUGGGGUCAGCUUGAAGCUGCCAGCCGGUAGGCAACAUGGACUCUCCUGAGUGAGGAGAGACACUGAACUGUGAGUGAGCAGGGCCCUAAAGGGUUCCAUCUCACUGCUGAGGAGGACUUUGAAACACUGUUGUUUAAAGACUUCACACAGAAGGCCCUGAACUGAGCCUUUGGGGAUGGGGAAGUUUCAAGAACAUGACACUAAAACAGCAGAGACUUAAACACACACCCCCCACCCCACUCCCGCCCCGAGUUGUUUUGUGCGUGUGCCUGUUUGUGUGCAUUGGGGAUUUUGAGACAGGCCUGCCCUGUGACCUUGUGGUGGAGGCAGAGAGAAGGAAAUUGUCACUUGAGCAAGGUAGGGCCUUGUAGGGAGGGUAGGGAGCCUAAUGGUCCUCAGGCCUCUCUGUCCAGCACAGUCUCUUGCCCUUUCUGUGGAAAUGCAGUUGGAUGGAGGAAGAGAAAGAGGAGUGAGAAGAUGCAAGUGGGAGGCCUCACCACGGCCCUGGAGGACCCUGGAGAGAAGGGCUAGCCUGUGGAGGGUGACACGAGGGAGCGUGGCUUCGUAUGUUGUUUUCUCUCAUUCCACAUAUGUUUGAGGCACCUGUUAGGUCAGGCCUAUGCUGGGAUAGAAUAUGUGGGAAUAAAACCGUUUCUGGCCCCUUGGA